GGAAAUCCACUCUUUGUUGGCAUUUCUCUUGCUGGAAAAAAACAGACAGUUUGAGACGCUCUCCCGAAAGAACACAACUUUCCACUUGACGGCAAAGACAACGACAAGAACGAAAAAGGGCCGGUUCCUAUAGGCAAAGUCCAGCAUGGCACCCCUACAUCAAUCGGAAGCCUCUUUUGAAGCUGUUUUAUUUGUCUCCGUGGCUGCUUUCAUGACUUUAGUGGUAAUGAUCCUCCUGUGUGUUCGUAGGAGAGGUUAUGAAGAACUUCAACGGGAACAGAGUUCUGAAGAACCUCAAGAGCAACUGAAUCAUUUAAAAAGAGAGAUCAAGAGACUGAGGAAAGAAAAGGAGGAUCUUCAGAAGAAUUAUGACAGUUUAAAAAGAGAGAAAGAGAGACUGGUAAAAGAAAAGGAGGAUCUUCAGAAGAAUUAUGACAGUUUAAAAAGAGAGAAAGAGAGACUGGUAAAAGAAAAGGAGGAUCUUCAGAAGAAUUAUGACACUUUAAAAAAGGAGAAAGAGAACGCUAAAGCAGAUUUUGAAGAAUUUCGAAGGAAAACCAGUAAGACUAUGUGUGACAGGUUGGCUGAGACGUCUGACGUCAGGCAGAAGCAGGAAGGAAAAAUACUGACACCAGGGAGUACUGCAGAUUUUGAAGAAUUUCGAAGGAAAACCAGUAAGACUAUGUGUGACAGGUUGGCUGAGACGUCUGACGUCAGGCAGAAGCAGGAAGGAAAAAUACUGACACCAGGGAGUACUGCAGACACGUGUGUCUAUGCCGUUGACAGAGAAUGGAAAACAAUAACUGAUGCUCAUGUCAAUGUGACUCUGGACCCCAGCACAGCCAACCUCAGCCUCACAGUCUCUGAAGACGGCUCAGAAGUGAAAUUCACAGGGAAGAGAUCAGCAGAGUGGCCCAGUGUGCUGGGCGGGGAGGGGUUCACCUCAGGGAGGCACUACUGGGAGGUAGUGGUGGGGGAGAAGGAAAACUGGGUCCUGGGGGUCUCCACACACCGUGAUGAGAAGAGCAUACCUGAGAAACCAGAGGAGGGCUACUGGCUUGUAAGGCGGGCUAAAAAGUUCUCUAAGAGCUAUACAGCUGUGAGCCAGUCAGGGGAUCAGAUCUUAAAACUGGAGGUCUGUAAGGUGUGGGGGGUGUAUCUGGAUUGGAAGGAAGGGAGGCUGUCAUUUUACAAUGCAGAGACCAAAGUUCACAUCCAUACUUUUGAAGGCUCAUUCCCUGGGCAGGUCUACCCUAUUUUCAGCCCAGGGUCAAAAGGUAGUCGAUCCUUGAUAAUCCACUAAGUCUAACUCAUAGCAGGCAACUUUAUAUAGACACCAUGUUGGGUAGCUGCUGUAGUUCUCUACAGGAUUUUAUAUUAGUGUUUAUAUAGUGUGGUGCCACCAGCAUUGCCAUGACCCUUGAUAAUCCACCCACAACACUGAAGAAUUUGUAGUCCUGACAAGCAGCCUGCUACAAUAUAUAGAUACAGAGCUCCAGAUCAGGAUUUGGGUCAUUUUCUCUCCAAUUUAGACACUAACAGCCUGAUUUUCAGAAGGGGCAAAGUGAAAAACAGGUCACAAGACACCUUUGCGACACCAGAGAGGUGGCAAACUGUAUUUUCAAAAGUCCUAUUGCGCAAUGGCAUUUCAGGGUGUGCGCUUUCUGAAAAUGCUCUUGCAUUACAACUUGUUAAGCAAUUGAAGUUCGUAAUGAGUUCUAUUUUGCAAAUAAUGUCUUAUUUUUAAAAGGUGCAAAAUACUGAUGUGCCCACUUAGUACACCAAAAUACACUCGCUAAUUAAGACAUGCCCCCUCUCGUGUCUUAUUUAAACUGCUACCGCUGACAGGGCUACUGAGCUGUGAUCGACAAAGCGCUUCCAAUUACCCGACUGCAGCACGAGAGGGAAGGGAGGAGGAGAAAACGACCCUACCCUAAACCCAGAAGAGUUUGUCCCCAUCAGACAUUUCUAGAUACAAGUUAUGCGUAGAUACAGAUUGGAUAACCGCUAUAACAGAGCUGUGUGAUCAGAUUUAGAAUCACAAACAGCCCACAGUCACGCCAUAAUUGUACCUGUAAAGGUUACAAUAGCCAUUGUUUUUCAUGCAACAGGUGGCAUCGAGACAACAGCUGGGGACAGAUCAGCAGGCAUCUGUCAGUCUACUAUAAAAGAUACUGACUAAUGUCACAGAUGCACUUUUCCGUAGGGCAAGGGAGUAUAUAAUAUUUCCAAUUGGGGAAAUGGAACAAAACAGAACCAAACACAAAUCCUAUCAGUUGCCUGGUUUCCCAAACGUGCUAGGUGUAAUAGAUUGCACACAUGUUGCAAUAUCCCCAGAUUCAAGGAAUGAAAUUGCUUUCUUAAACAGAAAACAUCAUUAUUCUUUAACUGCACGUGAUGCUCAAUGUAUUAUCACGAAUGUAGCUGCCAAGUACCGACUCAUUCAUCGUGGAGAACAGUGCCUUGUUUAGAAAAUUUCAACAGGAUGUUCUUAGCGGAGGCUGAAUA